AUGUGGUACAGUGUCGGCCUUGUGCUCCUUUGGAUCAGCCAAACAAGAGGUUUCCAACCAUACCAUGCAGUAGGAUCAUCUUCUAGAGGCUCAUCAUUCUGCAGAAUAGUGGUGCUGAAAUUGGACAAUACCAAGGAGGCUGACUCAGAAUCAUCGCCAUCAUCAUCAUCAUCAUCCUUUGUCGUACAACAACAAGAAGAAGAAGAAGAAACCGAACAAGACGAAAACGUUGCAGCCGCUGCUUCCAAGUUCCAAAUCACGACAUGUCUAUCUCCAAGCUGUAACCGAAAGAGACAAGAGGCUGGAUUGGAUCCCCUGUCUACCUUUGCUGCCAUGUACGAACGAAGCAAACGGGCUGCUGGUGCAGACUCAGAUUUAUUUGUCACUGUGGAGGAAGGUCCAUGCAUGGGAGCUUGUCAGUACGGACCAUGCAUUGCGAUUCAACAUGAUGACUUUGAAGGAUCAGUAUCUUUGGAAGGCAUGACUGAUACAGAGUUUUCGGAUCGAGUCUUUCAGGAGAUUGUCACAGAAGAAGAUGCCGACCGAGUUUGGAGAAGUGUGGAGAGCGCCGUGCAACUCAUGGCGGAAGACGAAGAAGAGUAG